GUCCAAUGAAACUAGAUAUGCUACGCACAGAGCUACGAUGUUUUGCUUUCGGGGAGAACAUUCUAGUUUAUAGAAAUUUCCCCUUCAGUGAAAUAGUCAGUGGCUACGCUAUGAGCACUUGCUGAUCUAAAGUGUUAUACUGAUCGCGCCACAAUGCGCGCUCUAAUAUCACUCGUUCUUAUUAGCGCUCUGCAGACUGUAAUAGGCUCGUGCCCACGCUCCCAAAGAGUUAUCCCGGCCAGCUGUACAACACCAUGUGACCCGAGCACAGGGUGCCCAAUUCCUGGCAAUAAGUGCUUGUGUGACGGACAUUGCGGUUAUAGCUGCGUGCCUAAUGACCUCUCGUGCGGUAUCCCUGGGCCAACCAAUGAUGCCUCGGUCUCAUUCACCGAGACAAAGUUCAACUCCACUGCGGUGUACAAGUGUGCACCGGGCUUCACAGUACUAGGGUCCGUCACUAAGCGCUGCCAGGCCAACGGCAAAUGGGGAGGAGCUCUGCCAAAGUGCAUGCGGGCUUGUAGCAUUCUUCGUGAUCUCCCUUACGGUGCUUACAUACGGAGGCCCAAGCCCGCGGGCUCGCUCUACUUCACGGGAGAGAGAUUGUUCCUCGCCUGCAAUAAGGGUCUAAAGAGGAGUGGUAACCCCGCCCGGAUAUGUAUCGGCGGCAGGUGGACGAAAUUUCCUUUUGAAUGCAUCGGUCAACACAACUGCAAGCGCACGAUUCGCGCUGCUUUCACUCGCUGCACUAAAGCGUGCUUUCCAUCGGGGAGUGACUGCCCGCCCAACCACAAGUGCUUGUGUGACGGGCAGUGCGGGUACAGCUGUGUGGAGAAUGGUUUAACGUGCGGGAUUCCUGAGGCCCCUGAAAACGGAGUUCGGUUCUACAAUGGGACGGGUUAUAACGACGUGGUUCGGUACCAGUGUGAUGAUAACUACACUAUGACUGGGAACCCUGUGCGCCGGUGCACCGCGAAAAAGAUCUGGGAAGGAAUGCCUACCAGUUGCCACCGUAUUUGCUCUGCCCCGCCCUAUAUCCCACAGAAUGCGUACAUCGAAAACAAGAAGGAUAUAUAUAAGUCUGGAGAACGCGUGACGUUCAAGUGCAAGCAAGGGUUCAAGCAACAUGGACUAGCAGUCAUCCCUUGCUACCUGGGGAAGUGGAUAGUCUCUCCCUUUCAAUGCAAACGUAGCGGCUGUUUUGACCCGGGUGUGCCUACGCACGGACGCAAGAUGGGCGUACAGUAUGACGUCGGCUCGCGGGUCUACUUCACGUGUAAACACGGCUUUGUGCUGACGGGGUCAAGUGUUCGCACGUGCGGACCGGACUUUAACUGGACAGGGAUCCAGCCUACCUGCAAAGGGCGUGAGUGUGGCCCCAUGCCCCCGCUUGCUCACGGUCAGAUCUCGGGGAAUGGCACUUCAUACCGAACUGUAUUACGAUUCCGCUGUAAUCCAGGGUACGAGCUUGCCGGAAGUGACGUCAGUAUAUGCCAGGCUAGCGGAUCAUGGAGCGUCAUACCCACGUGCAGACCGGUCGAUUGUGGCUACCAUAACAAACCCGCACACGGCUCGGUCAGCGGGGACUCCACGACGUUUACUAGUCGGUUGGUGUUUAGUUGUGACUCUGGUUACAUCAUGAGCGGUUCACCAAUCAGGACCUGCCUGGAAAACGGGUCCUGGAGCGGAACGCAGCCUAGGUGUAGCGCUGUUGAUUGUGGAAACCUAGUAAAUCCAGCCAACGGCGAAACCACCGGGUCCUCCACCACGUAUGGCAGCACGGCUAGCGUCACGUGCCAUGAAGGCUAUGAUUUGAUUGGUUCCAAAUCACGUGUUUGUCAGGCGGACGGCACGUGGAGUGGUAACGAUACCUGGUGUAAAGGGCGCGAGUGUGGCCCCAUGCCCCCGCUUGCUCACGGUCAGAUCUCGGGGAAUGGCACUUCAUACCGGACGGUAUUACGAAUCAGCUGUCAUCCGGGGUACCAGUUUGCCGGAAGUGACGUCAGUAUAUGCCAGGCUAGCGGAUUAUGGAGCGUCAUACCCAAGUGCAAAGUGAUUGAUUGCGGAAGACUCACAGUACCGCUGAACGGCAAACUUGAGGGCUCAUUAACAACGUACAGCAGCACGAUUAAUAUCACGUGUGACGAAGGCUAUGCUCUGAUUGGUCCAGAAUCACGUGUCUGUCAGGCAAACGGCACGUGGAGCGGAAGUAACGUCACAUGCCGAGUGAUAGAUUGUGGAUCACCAGGGGCGCCCGCACACGGCUCGGUCAGCGGGGACUCGACGACGUUCACGAGUCGGUUGGCGUUUAGUUGCGACGCUGGUUACAUUAUGAGCGGUUCACUAAUCAGGACCUGCCUGGAAAACGCGUCUUGGAGCGGAACGCAGCCUAGGUGUAGCGCUGUCGACUGCGGAACUCUGGAUUCUCCAGCCAAUGGAAUCAUGCGAGGAUCAGUCACUACGUACCGAGGCGUCGUCAACAUCACGUGCGACACAGGCUUUCAUCUGAUUGGUUCACACUCACGUGUUUGUCAGGCAAAUGGCACGUGGAGUGGAACAACGACCACGUGCAAAGAAAAGUGUGAAAGGUACCCGUCAAUGGAUGUUUCUCAAUGCAGUAUGGGAUGUGAUGUCGACCAGGAUUGUCCGCCCAACCACAUGUGUCGAUGUGACGGCAUGUGCGGAUACAGCUGUAUUGACAACGAUAUCUCUUGUGACGUUCCUGACGCCCUUGAUAACGGUGUUCGAUUCUACAACGGGACAAACUACAAUGACACCGUACGUUAUCAGUGCAACGAGAACUACACCAUGACCGGCAACCCUGUACGUCGGUGCACCGCUAAAAAGACCUGGGACGGAGCACUGCCUCAAUGUCUUCCCGACUGCUUGGCACAACCACCAUCGUUACCCGAACAUGCGUAUUACGUGACCACGCUGUCCCGCUAUCCCGCGGGAUAUCGCCUGCAAGUUGUAUGCAAGCAAGGUUAUAAGCUGAUUGGUCAUGAAAAUCGAUCAAAAGUCAGCGCGCAGUGCAUCAUGGGGCAGUGGAGCGUUAUAGAUGACGUCGCCUGUGAAUUGGUUGAUUGUGGACCUUUCUAUGUCCACCCUAACGGUUCAGUGGAUAAGUGGGACACGGUGUAUAACACAACAAUUCACUUCAAGUGCCAGGAGGGAUUUAAUUUCGAAGGCUCGCGUACGAGGACGUGCGGUGCUGAUGGGAAAUGGACCGGGACAGAAAAAUUCAACUGCAUUGCCACUCACUGCCCGAGACCCACCACCCCUGCCAACGCGAUCCCCGCCACGCCCUUGAAGGACUGGUACCCAAUAAACAGCAGCGUGGAAUACAAGUGCAUGUCGGGAUACCAUCUGAAAGGUUACGCCAAUCAGGAGUGUAGCAGUGAUGGGCUUUGGUCAGCGGCUAGCUUCGCAUGCGCCGAAUCAACCCAGCAAGUCAAGAGGCGAAGAAGUAUCACACGCUCCGUAACAUGUGGGGACCCAGGCCUUCCUCCCCACGCCUCCAGGCGCGGUUCCCUAUUCACCUACGGAAGUGACGUCACGUUUCGUUGUAAAUCUCGCAAAUACGUGCCGCGGGGAUUUCGUGGAAUCAAGUGCAGGCACACGGGCGAGUGGAGCGCUAAGCCGCUACAGUGCUUAUACUGUGAGAAUCCGAUGAACACCGGCAACUCCAUAUUUAGCUCUGUCACGCUGUCGGCCUCGUCAGAGCGUGACAACGAGCGUCACGCAGCUCGCCAAGCACGUCUGAACUCGAACAGCGCCUGGUGCUCUGCGCGCAGUGAGUUCGCCAAGUACCUCCAGGUGGACUUUGGACGGCACGUGGAGAUCACGGGCAUAGCGACACAGGGACACCCUAAGGAGUACAAAUGGGUGAACAAGUACUGGCUGCGCUACACCAUGGGCUAUUACUGGUUCACGUAUAGACAGGACAAGGCGAUAAAGGUAUUCCGCGGUAAUGAAAAUCGUAACACGGUGGUCAAACACGAGCUGAAGCCGACGAUAAUCGCUCAAAAAGUUCGCAUCUAUCGACACCAGGAGCUGAAGGAGUUCAGCGGUUCCACCGUCUGUCUCAGGGUUGAGUUCUACGGAUGUCCUUUUUAUGCCAGUUGCAUGAGUCGUGGUGCUUCAGUGAUCGUACAAUGGUACAAGAGUGACAAUCAGCUGGUCUACAUCCGGGGAUACGUCACGGGAAUCAACAAACGCGUUAUCAAUGUCAUACCAAGCGCCAAGCAACGGGGUCACCCAUUCCGCAAACCGCUGGUCCUUAGUACUAAGGGCGCGCCUCACGUUAUCCCGGAUGUAGUUCCUCACCGGAUGUAUCUGUACCGGGGGUCACGUGUUCUAGUUAGUACGCACACGCUGGAAGGCCCCGUCUACGUCAUGGCUAGGGUCUACUUUGUCGUCUCGAGCUCGCGGGUUCGCGUGACUUUGGAAGACGGCCGCGGUGUAUGGCGGGAUGUCAGGGAUAUAAGGAGAAUUAUUCACCCUCAGUAUUGUGACCCAAAUAUGGGGCCACCAAUAGACAAUGAGUGGCGAAAUUGAAUACCAAGUCUGAGGUACCGGUGCUCUCUCAUCAAGGAGUGUUUCUCGCUUAGCGCCGAGUCUUGCUCGCCAUUUUGUUUUGUUAUGCGCCAGCGCCAGCUGGGGAGGGCACAGGUAGCCCAGGCUCACGGCGAUCGUGGGUUUAUUACAGACGGCUAAAACAGCUUAGAAUGGCAAUUAAUGGCGGGUUUGAGUAGCAGCAAUGUCAAACUACUGUUUUAUUUUCAAAUCAGCAUAUUUAUUUCAACGGGAUUUGUUCGCUCAUACAAACUCUGUAAUAAACCUACACUCGCCGUGAGCCUGGGCUACCUGUGGGGAGAGCCACGAACCGGCGCCAAGCGAGAAACACCGGGUAAACGCCUGCAAGCAGGUAAAAGGUAGGAUAGCGAAGAAAAGGCAGCAUGGGCUCUAGAAUUGUACAUAGCUUUUAGUGUUUUCUGACUAAACAAAUAGCGCUCAAUACCAUUUUGCGAGAAUAAAUCAUUUGUCAAAGGAUCAGAACUUUAGCUUAGUUACCACCGCCGGUUACUUCACCGUGGCGAUCAUCAGAAUCCAGUCACUUUUUAAAUAUGUAGAUAUUGAAUUUACGAUCUUCCGUUAUAGGGAGGGAGGUUUGCAUAGCCUCGAGUGCGAUUCUUGUAAUGUUACACCACGCAAUGUACAUACCACGCAUGAACAGUAGAGUCCCAGGUGGCCAUGGCCUUGUUAUCGCCGAAAAACGGUGUGCACUGCUUCUUGUAUCAUUUUGUAUUAGAGUAUUAUUUAUAACAAUGAAAAUAAAUGGUAGAUAGGUGAUGCAAAAGUAGAUGUGGUUGACCACCCGCCAUCUGAACGCCUGUUUGAUUGAGCUGUAGCCGCCAUCUUGGAUAAUGCGCUCCGCAUGGGGAGGGGGAGGAAGCGAUUCCCCGCUCUAGGGAGGGUUUGCCUCGAGUGCGAUUCUUGUAAUGUUUCCCCUACCCCUACCCCAGUAGUGCAGAGGGCAUUAUCAAAGAUGGCGGCCGUGGUAUGCGAACUUCGUAUUUUCGGGGUUUUCGUGCCGGAAAAACUCUCAAAGCCUACACGUAGGCUACCUGAGCUGACGAAUACCGAGGGUAGAUGUAAGGGGUAGAUUGAUUAGUGAUAAGUUUUCUGUCAGGAAGACACAGGGAUACCGUUGACAUAUUUACUUCUAACAUGACUAACCAGUAUGUGACACAUCCAAGCCAGAAAACGUGUUAAAAAUGAGAAAAGGAAAGACGUGCAAGUUAAAUUGAUGAUUGAACUUGGUCAGCUUUCA